UCGAUAGCAAACUCCUCUGUUUAUUAGAGGUUUGCAGACUCCGUCAGGUGGACUAUCAAGUCAAUGCUGUCACUUUCCGACCGGUAUUACGACACCUUGGAACAUGGCUCUCGUAAUGACAGCAGUUUAUAUGUUGUUGCUUCUUCUGCAUACAAUAGUGGUAGGAGUUCAGGGAAAUGGAGAUGUCAUCUCUGGACAACUUGUGUCUGGCGUGUUCAAAGAGAUCCAUGUCCCCAGCUUCACCUUGUGUCAGUCUCUGUGUUGGUACUUCACUCGUUGUAGGGCUUACACCUGGGCUACAGACACGGGCUUGUGUCACCUCAGCCGAGACACCAGGAGCUCAUCACCUGCCGCCUUCUCUCCAAGCAACCACCAUGUAUACUCGGACGCCAUGGCGCCUCUUGGACUGAAGCAAACCCAUCCUUGUGCACGACGACCGUGUUAUGUAGGUGAGGUGUGUGUGCCCGUAGCUGCAGCCAGUGGGCACCUAUGUCUGGAAGGAGGUACGGUACGUGAGCUGAGUGUAACAUCCUCGGCCGCAUCACAGGCCACAUCUGAGCAACAGACCAUCACGUCAACUACUGCGCAAGAAACGUUGCCUACAACUAACGGAUUUGACCUCCCUUCUUCUGUGACAACGUCUUCUAAAGAGACUACAACUUCCACAACCUCAUCUCAGUCAACAACUACAGCCACUUCGUUGCAACCUGAAAAAACUCCAACUACAGUUGCUACAACUACAACAGCAACCACAACUGCGACGUCUUUAACAACUCCGACUGAACCUCCGACUACAAAGGCAACAUCUACAGCUAUCUCAACUUCAACACCCCCGAUAACGACAUCGACAAUAGAUGCGCCUUCAUCAACGACAACAACACCUGCAGAAACUACUACAACUACAGUCCUUGCAACAACUACAACUGCAACUACUACUAUUACUACUACUGCUACACCUACUACUACUCCUUCUACUACAACUAUUACUACUACUACUACAACUACUACUACUUCUACUACACCUACUACUACUACAACAACUAGUACCAGUACGGCGGCUUCAACCACUUCCGUAACGACUACUGCGACGACUACUUCAACGACCACAACGACACCCACUACUGCCAGUAAAAAGAGCUGCCUGGACGAUUGUAAAGGUGAAGUGUCAAACGUAAAGCACCCGCACUGUGAAACCUGCAGCAAGUACGUUGUCUGUGCUGUCACUGGUCUGGUGGAGAUGGCGUGUGCAGGGGGAUUAGAAUGGAACAAUAACGUCAAGACGUGCGUUUUCCCACCAUCACCAACAUGCUAGCUUCUAUAUCUAUCUGCACUCCACACUCCCAAUAACUAGGAUACACACAUUGCAGGUGCAGUAAUGUGUGUGUUACACAACACGGGACACGUUGACAGUCCCGCCUUCACCACAGAUGACUCCACCGGUAUUUGUUUCGUCACUACAAUACAUAUGAAACCUGAUGCAUCAUUGCACUGCACAUGAUCUCCUUCACUUCAAUACACAUGACAUUUCUUCACAUCACUGCACUAGGCGUAAUAUUUUUCACUUCACUACACUACACAUGACAUCUCUUCACAUUACUGUUCUACUCGCUAUAUUUUACACUUCACUACACUACACAUGACAUCUCUUCACAUCG